AUGCCACGAGGCACACCACCAGAUCUGACGCCAUAUUCGCUGGUCAAGUGUAACUACCGUCGCUUUGCCACAAACAUCAUGGAUGGAAAGUCUAUACAUUCUCGAGUGGACAGUGCAGCGAAUAACAGGUUUAUCAACGAGUCGACAUGGGAGUCGGUGGUCAAACCGCAGCUGCAGUCCCCGUCGCUUAUCGCUCACAGCACUUCAGGAGUUCGGUUCCAGUUCAUAGCACAGCGAAUUUGCACAUACAGCUUCAUAGUCAGCUCUGAAAACGUUUUGCGUCUGCUGUACUCGACGUGA